AUUAGGAAAACAUUAGAAUAUAUUCUCCGCCCCCAACAUUGACUGCUUUGGUCUUUUACCCUCUCGCUUUCUUCUCCCUCUCUCUCUCUCUCUCUCUCUCUCUCUCUCUGCUGUUUCAAGUUACACACACACACACCCCACUGGUGUAGCAGAAGCUUCUUAAUCUUCUCUUCCCCCUCCAAAAUUCCAUGCACUGAGAUCUGCCUCUGCCCUAAUUUCCUGCAAUUUCUCGGUGUGGAAUUGUGAUUUUGAGAUCGUAUGGCGGCGGAGGGGGUGAAGCAGCGACUUUGGGACGGCGUGUUGGAGCUGACCAAGGCCUCACAGGAGAGGGGCACCGACCCCCUCAUGUGGGCCAUGCAGCUCUCCACCAGCCUCACUGCCGCGGGCGUUUCCAUGCCGUCUGGCGAGCUUGCCGAGCUUCUCGUUUCUCAUAUUUGCUGGUCAAACAAUCUUCCAAUCGCGUGGAAAUUCCUCGAGAAGGCGCUUACAAUUCGCAUCGUUCCCCCUAUGCUUGUUCUUGCUCUCCUCUCCACUAGGGUUAUACCAAGCCGCAGAAGGUACCCUGCAGCAUAUAGAUUGUAUAUGGAGCUACUUAAGAGAUAUGCUUUUUCACUGCCAUCUCUAAUCAAUGGUCCCAACUAUCACAAGACUAUGGAAUCCAUUAAUGAUGUCCUCCAAUUUUACCAAAUAUUUGGAAUUCAGUCCUCUGAACCAGGGCUACUUGUUGUUGAAUUUAUACUAGCAAUUGUAUGGGAGCUGCUUGAUGCAUCACUGGAUGAUGAAGGCCUACUAGAACUCACCCCUGAAAAGAAAUCGAGGUGGCCAAUCAGAAGCCAAGACAUGGAAAUAGAUCAUCUUGAUGGUUUUGAAGGGAAAAGAAUAGAACGUCAGGCAGCAUUUAGUAAGAUAAAUACUGUAAUGGCUAUUGAAAUAAUUGGUGAAUUUUUUCGAAACAAAGUAACUUCUCGGCUCCUUUACUUGGCCCGUCGGAACAUGCCGACGCAAUGGGAAUGCUUCAUUCAGCACUUGAGACUGCUGGCCACAAAUUCGUCAUCUUUAAGAAACUCGAAGAAUAUCUCUCCAGAGGCACUCUUGCAGUUGACAUCCAACACACGCCAAGUUCUGUCUCGUGAAUGUAAAACAAAUUCGCAGCAGCAGUUUCAUGCAGUAACAGCCAGGUCUCCGAUGUCAUCUGCUGGUCAAUGCCAUGUUCGUUCAGCACUUUGGCUUCCUAUAGAUCUUUAUUUAGAAGAUGCCAUUGAUGGAUCACAAGUGAGGGCUACUGGUGCUGCUGAAACUCUUACAGGUCUAGUGAAGUCUCUCCAGGCUCUAAAUCAGACUACUUGGCAGGACGCAUUUCUUGGUUUGUGGACUGCAGCUUUACGGCUUGUUCAGAGGGAGAGGAAUUCAAGUGAGGGUCCAGUUCCUCGGAUCGAUAGUUGUUUGUGCAUGUUAUUGUCUGUUGUAACACUUGCAGUUGUCAAUAUUGUUGAAGAGGAGGAGAUUACAUUGAGUAGUGAAACAGAACAAAACUCUAUUAGUCAGAGAAAAACUAUUGAGUCAAUGGGAAAGCGUCGUGAAGACCUAGUUUCCAGCCUUAAGCGGUUGGAUGAUUUCGAAGGGUUAUUGACUGCUCCAUCACCUGUAAGUUCAUUGGCUAAUCAAGCUGCUGUGAAAGCAAUGAUGUUCCUUUCAGGCCUAACAGUUGGCAAUGGGCACCUUGAUGGCAUAAGCUUGAAUGACUUGCCCUCGAAUUGUUCUGGAAAUCUCCGCCAUCUGAUUGUUGAGGCUUGCAUUGCUAGAAAUGUUUUGGACACGUCUGCAUAUUUGUGGCCUGGAUAUGUAAAAGGUCGAUGGAACCAAAUUCCUCGAAACAUUUCUGGGCAAAUGCCUGGUUGGUCAUCAUUGAUGAAAGGGUCACCAUUAACUCCUCCAAUGGUUAGCGCAUUGGUGUCAACUCCAGCUACUAGCUUAGCAGAGAUAGAGAGAAUGUAUGAGAUUGCUGUCAGCGGUACGGAUGACGAGAAGAUUUCUGCUGCUACAAUAUUUUGUGGGGCUUCUCUUUAUCGUGGUUGGAAUAUACAGGAACAUACAAGCUUUUUGAUCACAAGAUUGCUGUCACCAGCUGUUCCAACAGAUUUUUCUGGGAGUGAGAGCCAUUUGAUAGGUUAUGCUCCAUUUCUGAAUAUUCUUCUUGUGGGGAUAUCAUCAAUUGAUUCUGUUCAGAUUUUUUCCUUGCAUGGCCUGGUUCCUCAACUUGCAGCUGCUUUGAUGCCAAUUUGUGAGGUCUUUGGUUCUUGUGCACCCACUAUGUCGUGGACUCUUAACACAGGGGAGGAAAUUUCUUCCCAUGCUGUAUUUUCAAAUGCAUUUACUCUGCUGCUGAAAUUGUGGAGAUUUGAUCAGCCACCUCUGGAACAUGUGAGUGGAGAUAUUGCGCCAGUGGGAUCCCAUUUAACCCCAGAAUACCUCUUAAUGGUGCACAAUUCCCAGUUAGCUUCACGUGAGAACCCAGCAAAAAGUCAAAAUAAAACUAGUAGACAGUCAAGAUUGUCAUAUCCUUCUCCAAAAAGGCCCGUAUUCAUUGAUUCUUUUCCAAAACUUAAGCGCUGGUACAGGAAGCAUCAAGAAUGUAUUGUUUCUAUUCUUUCCGGCCUGGUACCUGGAAAUCCUGUUCAUCAGAUUGUUGAGGGACUCCUGAACAUGAUGUUCAGAAAAAUCAAUAAAGGAGGUCAACCGCUGACUCCUACAACUUCUGGAAGCAGUAGCUCUUCUGUCUCUGGAUCCGAUGAUUCCUCUCUCCGUCUUAAGGUACCUGCUUGGGAUAUUCUCGAGGCUGUUCCCUUCGUCCUUGAUGCUGCCCUUACUGCCUGUGCCCAUGGAAGACUCUCACCACGUGAACUGACCACCGGGCUCAAAGAUCUUGCUGAUUUUCUUCCUGCUUCUUUGGCGACUAUUAUGAGUUACUUUUCAGCAGAAGUAACUCGGGGUCUUUGGAAGCCUGCUUUCAUGAAUGGAACUGACUGGCCAAGCCCUGCUGCAAAUUUGUCCCUGGUUGAACAACAGAUAAAGAAAAUUUUAGCUGCCACCGGUGUCAAUGUGCCAUGUGUUCCAAUAGGGGGAAACUCUCCAGUGACACUUCCACUACCAUUGGCAGCUCUUGUGAGUCUGACAAUCACAUUUAAACUUGACAGAGAUACUGACCGUUAUUUAAACUUGGUUGGUCCAGCCUUGAGUAACCUUGGCAUAAGUUGCCCUUGGCCAUGUAUGCCUGUAAUAGCUGCUCUGUGGGCUCAAAAGGUAAAGCGUUGGAGUGACUUUAUUGUGUUCUCUGCAUCCCAAACUGUGUUCCACCACAGUAAUGAUGCUGUCGUUCAACUCAUCAGAGUCUGCUUCACAACAGUCCUUGGGUUAAAUUCUUCUUCUGUUGCAAGCAACGGCGGCAUGGGUGCUCUUUUGGGUCACGGCUUUGGUUCUCACUUUGCAGGUGGCAUUUCAGCUGUUGCCCCUGGAAUACUAUACUUAAGAGUUCAUCGAGCUGUCAGAAAUGUCAUGUUUUUGACUGAAGAAAUAGUAUCUCUUCUAAUGCAUGCUGUCAAAGAUAUUGCAAAUAGUGGGUUGCCCAGAGACAAAAUGGAGAAGCUCAAGAAAACCAAAUACAACAUGAAGUACGGUCAGGUUUCUCUAUCUGCAGCAAUGAGUCAAGUGAAGAUUGCGGCUUCUUUGGGGGCUUCUUUAGUUUGGAUUACGGGUGGUUUGACUUCAGUGCAGUCUCUAAUUAAAGAAACGCUACCCUCGUGGUUUAUAUCUGUUCAUGGGGCAGACUUCAAAGGAGAAGAAUCCGGAGGAAUGGUUGCAAUGCUGGGUGGCUAUGCGCUCGCAUAUUUCACCAUAUUUUCUGGAACAUUUGCAUGGGGAGUCGACUUGGCUUCACCUGCAUCUAAGCGGCGAUCCACGGUUCUGGGGAAGCACUUGGAAUUUCUUGCAAGUGCCCUCGAUGGAAAAAUAUCGCUUGGCUGUAACAAGGCCACUUGGAGGGCAUAUGUGACAGGCUAUCUGAGUUUGAUGGUGAGCUGCACCCCCAGUUGGAUGCUGGAAGUUGAUGUGGAAGUUUUGAAGAGAGUUAGCAAGGGACUGAAACAAUGGAAUGAGGAAGAACUAGCUUUGGCUCUUCUUGGAAUAAGUGGGAUUGGUGCUAUGGGUUCUGCUGCUGAAAUGAUCAUAGAAUCUGGAUUCUGAAUUUUGCCCUAUAGUUGUUUAGAUUUUUUUCUUUUGAUUUUUUGCUUUUUGGGUUAGAUAAAUUAGUCACAAGUUUUAGUUAGUUUAGCUAUAGAUGAUGUUAAUGAAUACUAGGAGCUAGAGCAACAAAAUUUGAAUUUUCUGUUAGUUGAAAUGUAAAAGUAUCUGCUGGAACUGGGAGAUAUUGACAUGUCAAAUAAAUUUCAAUUUUUGUUGCUC